AAUGUUCGAGUCAUUUUGAAUUGGAAUCCCGAAAUGAGUAGAGGAGGAGGAUAAGGUGUGGCGGAAUUGCUUCAGAAUCAGAACCUAUAAGCGUUCCAAUCGGGUUGUGUUCUUUGUGAAGGUGUUCAGGAUGAUGAAGAAGCUAAGAUGGACUAUGGAGGGCCAAAGCUUUUGGGAUUUGGAUGUUUCAACGCCUAGAACACUCGAUGGCUCGGCCUCCCCUGUUCCUACUGAUUUGCAGCUACUUCCCUUGGGAUUGUCCAGAGGUGUUCGGCUUUCCAGGGCCAAGCAGAUCGACUUCAUGCAGCAGUUCAUGGCUGCUCCUUUUGUUCCUUCUUACACCCCUUCCCAUGGCUUCUCUCUCCAGCGCGUCUUCUCCAUCCCCUUUUCGGACUCUGGGUCCGCUACUCUUUUAGGUCAGUUCAAUGUGCAGAAAUUCGUGUCCUCUCUCAAGAAAUCUGGUUUUGGAGAGAUGGGUCAGUCGAUUUCCUCAUUGCUGCAAGGCAUUGGAAGGCACCUCCGCGACCGAUCUUUGUAUGCGUUUGGUAUUUCUUCUGAUAUCUUGUUAACUCCUGAUGAUGCCCUGUUGAUCAGCUUUGAUGGAUAUGGUGACAGUGACAUACUUAGAACAAAAGCAGUACUCCACCACAAGUUCUUACAUCAUGAUCUAACAAUGGAGGCGCUUUCUCCAGGGCUUUUUGUAGACAAAUCUGGUAAAUAUUGGGAUGUGCCUUCUUCAUUAGUCAUUGAUCUAGGUUCUGCUGCUACCGACUCGGGUUUGAGUUAUCACUUGUCUAUGCACCACAAUGCUGGGUCUCCCUCACAAUCUGGAAGUGAACAAACCUGUAUGGCUCCUUUCUGUUUACUUCCUGGUUUAUCAGCCAAGGCUGCGUUUGCCUUAAAGAAGAACUUGGAAAUCUGGAGAAGCAAUGCCAAGAAGUUAAAGAGGGUGCAACCAUAUGACAUUUUCCUAUCAAAUCCUCACGUUUCAUUGUCAGGGAUUAUUGGUGCUGUUGCUACUAGCUACUUCGGAGACAUUUCGGCUGGAUCGGCAGCAGAAGGCAGUCUUCAGGAGUUUAAAGGACUUUACAUGCAGACUUCUCGAAUAAGAUCUACUGUUUUUGCAGAUGUAUUUGCUUCCAUUUCUUUUUCAGCUCAGUAUGGGAUGUUUCAAAGGAACUUUCUGGAUCUUACCCGUUUUUCUGGACGUUUCGAUUUCCAUUCUGGCUCCAAAUUCCUUUCUGGAGCCAUGCUCUUGAUAGAGGAUCUUUCCAAUUCCCAGCACCCAAGAACCGAAUCCGUGAAAGCGACCUUGCCGAAUGCGAGAUUUUCCUUCCAGCAGCAGAUUGCUGGACCUGUUAGCUUUAGAGCAGAUACAGGAGUUGCAAUAGAUUUGAGUAAAGCAGGAUGGGGGAGUUUACAAGUGGAGGAGCCUACAUUUGCGUUGGAAUAUGCGUUGCACGUCCUUGGUUCAGCUAAAGCCAUCGCUUGGUAUUCACCAAAGCAAAGAGAAUUUAUGGUAGAGCUCCGUUUCUAUGAGAACUGAAAGCCCAUGUUUCGUUUUCGUUUUCGUGUUCGUGUCCUGUUAGACCAAUGAUGCCACUUCUAUUCUUUAUUUUAUUUACUGAGUCGUGAUAGUUCGAACUUGAGAGUAUAUGUCUUAAUCAGAUAACCGAGUAUAUCCUCGGUUGACUGUUGGAGGAAAUGGCAAUAUGAACACAUUACAUCAAGCAAAACAGGCUCUUUUUUUA